AUGAAACUGUGUAUUUCACUAAGUGGCGACAUCCAUCCAUUACCAGGUCCAGAUACCACUAGCAGUAGGAUUGCUGUUAUUCAUGGGAAUCGACAGACUCGUCGCAUCCCUGACUCAGUUAGACACGUGAGUGCAAAUUGUAAUAGAAUACAAUUGACAAAGAAUGCACAAUCGACGGUUCAUAAAAACCAAAACAAGCUCUUGGAAAUAGCCCAUCUUAACGCAGAGCUUCUCAAAUGUAAACAACACUUCACUGAGACGAAGGAGUUAGCCUUGGAACGUGAUUUUGAUAUGUUAACCAUCUCGGAGACCUGGUUUAACUCUUCCGUGACCAACAGUGUUGUCGAAAUCCCAGGAUACAAGGUCUUUAGACUUGAUCGCCUUGGAAAAGCAGGUGCCGGUGUAUGUGCUUGCGUAAAAUCUACUCUGAAGGUAAAUGUCCAGAAGGAUCUCACGGAAAUAUCCGAAUCCGGCCUACACCAGUUGUGGAUUCAAGUUCAAAAUAAGAAGCUUCGUUCAUUGCUGGUUUGUAUUGUUUACAGACCCCCAGAAAUUGGAACUGCAUGCCUAGAG